AUGGAACAUUCUUCUCCUUUGGCUGCCAUGCAGCCUCCGUCUGUAAUGUUUGGGCACUGCUUUCGUUCGGAUGCACCGACGUCAAGCUACCAUGGAUUCAGUCCGAUCCAGAGGCUCGGCACUAGCGGAUUCAACUUCAAGGACCUUUCCAUGAAGCGACCCCAGGGAGAAGGUUACUUCAAUGUCAGGCCUGUUCGGGGCUCAUCUCCAACUGCCAGCCUUGCUGCAGAUCUGUCACAAAAUUUUCACAUCGACCAGAGCCCGCAGGUUGCUACGCCGCGACGGUCUUUGUUCUCCGCGUGUCUGUUCGGUAACGGAAAUAGACAUGAAGAUGCGAUGACCACUCCUCCGCUGCCAGCCUCUUCACCUGCCCCUGCGGAUACCAUGGAUAUGUCUCCCUUGCCUCACAAGCCUCCAUUCGCAAUCACCACUGAGAUUGAACUCAACUCUCCAACACUGGAGAGCUCCCCAAUGGACACGACUAUGAUGUCGAAUAUGGACGGCCUCAUACCGGAGUCACCAACAGUGCCACAAAAGGAUGGUCUACAAGAGAGAAGACGUCCGACAUUUUUACGGCCUAAUCUUGCGAGGAGUAAAGCGCAGUCAUUCCAGUUGGGAAUAACGAAACCCGCCCCGGAAAGCCAAGGACCUCCAUUCAAGUUCCAGACCAAGGGUAUCAACAAGACCUCGCUGGGAGUAGCGGCGUCACUGGAGGACAUGUUCGACGAAUCUCCCAAACGCGAACGAUCCUUGACCCGGAACAAUUCUUCUAGUGGGCUGUUGUCGAAUCCCCGGUUAAGACCACCAUUCGGGAGCAGUGGGGGUCAUGUUCGUAACAAUGGAUCACCUUCUGCAGCUUCCAUUCGCAAAAGUUCCCACCCGACCAUGCGCCCCCGCAAGCAAUGCAGACGCUCACUGAGCAUGUUUGAGCACCCCGAGGAUGUGAUUGCCGAUAACGAGGUUUGUUAUAAAUCAAAUGCACCACUACAGUCUAUCAACGACAUCGAAGGAAUCCAGACUCUGCAGCUUCCUCACUUCAUACCUGAGGAGCAAGCAGACAAUCUACCUCGUAUCGACAAGGCCACCCUCGUGGAGCUCAAGAAUGGGAAAUUCAAUGACAUGUUUGAUCACAUCAUGAUCAUUGAUUGCCGGUUUGAAUAUGAAUACGAUGGCGGGCACAUCGUUGGGGCUUUCAACUACAAUGAUAAGGAGUGCCUGGCCGCGGAGCUCUUUGCCAACCCCAAAGCCCGGACUGCGUUGGUUUUCCACUGCGAAUAUUCAGUACAUAGAGCACCGCUUAUGGCCAAGUUCAUUCGCCAUCGAGAUCGUGCUUACAAUGUGGACCACUACCCUCAACUCUCAUACCCUGAUAUGUACAUCUUGGAAGGGGGCUACAGUGCUUUCUAUGCUGAGCAUCGGGCACAUUGCUUUCCCCAGAACUACGUCGAAAUGUCUGCCAAAGAGCACGAAUUUGCCUGCGAGCGCGGCCUCGGCAAAGUCAAGCAGCGCUCCAAGCUGAGCCGGGCCCAAACUUUCGCCUUUGGCCAGCAAUCCCCUGAGAUGGAGGAUAGCCCAACGGGGAGAUACCGAAACAACUCCGGUGAUCGCAAACUCCUUGCUUCUCCAUUCAACGACAGUCCUGGUUCUCGUUUGCCAGGCCGCCGUAUGCUUUCUUACUAA